AUUUGCACGUUUCGGCGGUUCUACUAGAACAAUAAAAACAAAACUCUUGAAAAUCUCGCAUUAGCGGGCGGAACAUUUAAAUUGUGUUUGUUUUUUUUAUCAAUCGAAGAAUAUGGUGGCCACCGAGGAAAUCAAAAAGACUGUUAGUCAGGAGGAUGGAGAGGGAAAUGCCCACAAUCCGAUGCUGUAUGAUCCUCUGCAGGAUGGAGUUGUGAAGACUUCCAAGGGCCGUCAAUAUCUGGCUGCCCUGAUAAUUUGCUUGGGUGCGGUUUCUGCCGGUACGGCUUUAGCCUGGACAAGUCCUGUGAUUCCUCAGAUUACUCCAGAUAAAUCGAGCAAUUCAACAAAUGGCAAUUCCACACUCAACAACCUUUUGGGUAGCAAUUCUACAAUUGUUAAUGCAAUUGCAAAUGGAACGAGCUCUACUGACGAUAGAAUUUUACUGACCGUCAGUGAAGAAACAUGGGUUAGCUCCCUAUUGGCAAUUGGGGCCUUUUUUGGGGCUUUGCCAACUGGAUAUAUAGCUGAUACGAUCGGCCGACGAUACACCGCAAUGGUCAUGGACGUGCCCUUCAUUUUAGCCUGGAUCUCACUUGGCUUUGCCCAAUCAGUUGGCUGGCUUUAUUUGGGUCGCUUCUUAAUUGGUAUUUCUACUGGUAGCUUCUGUGUGGUGGCUCCCAUGUACAUUUCGGAAAUUGCGGAGACUAGCAUUCGUGGAACCCUGGGAACACUGUUCCAACUUCUUCUUACCAUCGGAAUUUUGUUCAUUUAUUUGAUUGGAUCUCUGAUUUCUUGGCAAACUCUGAGCUUGCUAUGCCUCGUCUUUCCAGUUCUUCUGCUGGCUGGACUUUUUAUUCUGCCCGAAACUCCAGUCUAUCUUUUGAAAAAGGGUCGUCGCUCUGAGGCUGCUCUUUCGCUGAAAUGGCUUUGGGGUCGCUACUGCGAUUCGCGUAGCGCCAUCCAGAUCAUCCAGAACGACUUGGACCAGGCUGGAUCCGAUGCUUCAAUCAUGGACCUGUUCAGCAGCCGCGGUUCCCGCAACGGUCUUAUUAUCUCCAUUCUCCUGAUGGUUUUCCAGCAGUUCUCCGGUAUUAACGCUGUUAUUUUCUUCACUGAAUCAAUCUUCAAUUCGGCCGGAAGCACCUUGAAUUCCUCCCUCUGCUCUAUCAUUGUGGGCGUGGUUCAGGUGAUCAUGACCCUCUGCUCUUCGCUGCUGAUCGAACGGGCCGGACGCAAAAUGCUGCUACUUUUCAGUAGUACCGUUAUGAGUAUCUGCCUGGCCAUAUUGGGGGCUUACUAUAACAUGAAGGACAAUCACAAGGACGUCUCGUCCAUUGGAUGGCUGCCCCUGUUCUGUGUUGCCUUCUUCAUCAUCAGCUUCUCGGUGGGAUACGGUCCGAUUCCUUGGCUAAUGAUGGGCGAGCUCUUCCUGCCGGACGCCAAGGGCAAGGCCGUUUCCCUGACCGUCAUGUUCAACUGGGUAUGCGUUUUUGUAGUCACUAAGUGCUUCGGAAUGAUGAACACAACCCUCGGAUCGGACAUAACGUUCUGGUUCUUUGCCACCUGGAUGGCUGUGGCCACCGUUUACGUUGCCCUUGCAGUGCGGGAGACAAAAGGAAAAACCGCCGGCCAAAUCCAGGACUGGCUCAGUGGACACUAAGAAUAUCCCAGAAGGUCCAAUAUGUUUUCCUUAGUUUAGUUUAGUUAAUGUCCUAGUGAACUCGUAGGUGUAUAAGCAGCCAAUGCCAAAAAAUAACAAACGAGAUUUAUGUCGAUCACCAAAUGGUCCAAUAUCUUUGCAAAGGAAACUAAGGGCUUGAUAACUUUUUAAUAAGCCAGACUUUUCCCUGAUCUUAUUGCUUUAUAUUUAUAUUUUUUUAAUUGAGCAAAGUUAUUUCUGCCAUUGGUAUCUAGGGACAAUAUUACGCAAAAGGUACAAUUUAACUUAUCGAUGUUCCAUAAUGUUUGAAUUGACUUUGACGCUUACAUUAAGUGUAGUUCAACUAGUUCCUAAGUACUCAUGUAUACAAAAGGCUUGGUAACGCCCCCCCAUUAUUUCCAGAUAGUUGGACGGGACUUGAGAAUCGAUGGUGUAUAUUUUUCUUUUUGUAGUAUUUUUAACUAUUCACUGUAUAUAUUCUCCUUAUAAAGACAGACAUACCUACAUGUGCUAAUAUAUUUGAUGUACAUAUAUUUGAUAAUAAAUGUAAACUGUGUGGAAAAUCGGCUA